AUGGAGGUGUUGGGGCUGAAGUCAUUGGCCCCAAAUCGUAUCGUUUACUGCACAAUGGAGGUGGAAGGAGGACACAAGCUGCAGACGGACCAGGCAGAGGCCUCCAAGCCCAUGUGGGGCACGCAGGGAGACUUCACCACCACUCAGCCGUUACCUGCCGUCAAAGUCAAACUGUUCACGGAGAGCACCGGGGUCCUGGCCCUGGAGGACAAGGAGCUGGGCAGAGUGGUUCUACACCCGACCCCCAACAGCCCCAAACAGUCUGAGCUCCAUAAGAUGACGGUGUCUAAAGGAUGCUCUGACAGCGAGCUGCGGAUCAGGCUGGCCGUGCGCAUGGACAAGCCCCAGAACAUGAAGCAUUGUGGAUACUUGUGGACGAUUGGUAAAAAUGUUUGGAAGAGAUGGAAGAGGCGCUUCUUUGUGCUGGUCCAGGUCAGUCAGUACACAUUUGCGAUGUGUAGCUACAGAGAAAAGAAGGCAGAACCGGUUGAAUUACUCCAAUUGGACGGUUACACCGUGGACUACACUGACCCACAACCGGGUCUGGAUGGAGGCCGAACCUUUUUUAAUGCGGUGAAAGAGGGCGACACUGUGAUCUUUGCCAGUGAUGACGAACAGGACCGGAUCCUGUGGGUGCAGGCCAUGUACCGGGCAACAGGCCAGUCUCAUAAACCGGUCCCUCCCACCCAAGUCCAGAAGCUCAAUUCGAAAGGGGGCACCGCACCCCAACUGGAUGCACCUAUAUCUCAGUUUUAUGCUGACCGGGCACAGAAACAUGGCAUGGACGAGUUCAUUUCUGCCAAUCCCUGUAACUUUGACCAUUCUUCGCUGUUCGAGCUGGUGCAGCGUCUCACUCUGGACCACAGACUCAACGACUCCUACUCGUGUCUGGGCUGGUUCAGUCCUGGACAGGUGUUUGUCCUGGAUGAGUACUGUGCCCGGUACGGCGUCCGCGGCUGCCAUCGACAUCUGUGUUACCUGAGUGACCUGCUGGAGCGAGCAGAGAAUGGAGCCAUGAUUGACCCCACGCUGCUCCACUACAGCUACGCUUUCUGCGCCUCUCAUGUCCACGGGAACAGUCUGCGGCUGACUGAGCUGUUAAACUGGCCCAUAUCUGAGGCCGAGCUCAGCCUGGCCCUGUACCCCCCUGCCCUCGAGAGCCCCCCUCCCACUAGUGCUAAGAGAGACCUCAGAAUCAUUGAAUUCAUCAAGAAAAGGGACUUCACGGCUCAAAUGUGGCCUGGAGUCAAAAGGGAGAGAGAAGAGGAGAGUGGAGUGAGGAGGUUAGUGCGGGUGAUGGGAGUGAGGAGGUUAGUGCGGGUGAUGGGAGUGAGGAGGUUAGUGCGGGUGAUGGGAGUGAGGAGGUUAGUGCGGGUGAUGGGGGUGAGGAGGUUAGUGCGGGUGAUGGGGGUGAGGAGGUUAGUGUGGGUGAUGGGAGUGAGGAGGUUAGUGCGGGUGAUGGGAGUGAGGAGGUUAGUGCGGGUGAUGGGAGUGAGGAGGUUAGUGCGGGUGAGGUUAGGGGUUAGUGCGGGUGAUGGGAGUGAGGAGGUUAGUGCGGGUGAUGGGAGUGAGGAGGUUAGUGCGGGUGAGGGAGUUGGGGAGGUAGUGCGGGUGAUGGGAGUGAGGAGGUUAGUGCGGGUGAUGGGAGUGAGGAGGUUAGUGCGGGUGAUGGGAGUGAGGAGGUUAGUGCGGGUGAUGGGAGUGAGGAGGUUAGUGCGGGUGAUGGGAGUGAGGAGGUAG